UUCCAAAGGCAACCUCGUGCCCUCGUCUCUCUGUCUCUGUUCUCUCAACUUGGCGUCGGCAACGGGCAGCCUCUCACCCUCACCUCGUCACUCUCUCGAGCACGGCGCCGUAAUCCCCUCACCCUCACCUCGUCUCUCCCCUCGUUGUCAGUUCGUCACUCUCAGUCUCUGGGUAUCUCACCUCGUCACGCUCUCGUUCUCUCACUGUGAGUCCGUGACCCUACGUUCGCUUCGUCGGGUGGUGGUGGUCGUCAUCUUCUCAACUAGGUGAGCUCCAGUUUUCGAUCCUGUUCUUUCUCUAGUUUAAUGUUGAUUUCGAUGAAUCUGGUUGGUGUUGAAUCUGGUGGUUGUUGAAUCCUGCGUUCAGCUUCUCCUUCGCCGUCAACUUCCUUCGUGCAACUCGAUUUGAAUAAUCACUUAGUUAAGUUUUGCUUCAUCUCUCUGCCCAACAUUCCCAAAUCCCAGCCCAGUCACCACCGCCGUCGCCGGGGUUUUCAGGUCGUCAGCGCCACCGCCGUCGCCUGGUCUCUUCCCCCAUUCAUUCAUCUCAGUCUCACUCCACACGUGAACGGUGAACCCUAGCCCCUUCUGAAGCAUUCCCAGCGUCCCCGCGGUCCUCGGGUCGUCAGCGCCACCGCCGUCGCCUGGUCCUCAGCACCGCCGCUUCGUCUUCGCUGGCCUCUCCCUUCGUCUUCGCUUCGUCAGCACCCAGAGGCCACGUGGCAGUGAUGUAUUUGUCGAGAACGUUUGGGCGAACACUGUUCGCCGCAGCUGCUAGAUCCAGAACCUAUGCUUCUUCCGCCGGAACCGCCACUGCUGCCGGCGACAAAACCCGCAACCCUCUUGAGGAGUUCUUCGAGGUUGACAGGGACAUGGAAAGUGAUAAACCUAUUGUAUAUGGUCGGGGUUGGAAGGCCUCCGAAUUGCGUUUGAAGUCUUGGGAUGAUCUUCAUAAGUUAUGGUAUGUGUUGUUGAAGGAGAAAAACAUGCUCAUGACUCAACGCCAGAUGCUCAAUUCCCAGAACCUACGAUUUCCUAACCCAGAACGCAUCCCCAAGGUACGGAAGUCAAUGUGCCGCAUCAAGCAAGUACUUACAGAGAGAGCAAUAGACGAACCGGAUCCCAGGAGGUCUGCUGAGAUGAAGAGAAUGAUAAAUGCUCUCUGAUGAUUCACAAUAGAACAUUAUUGAGAAGGACUUUUGUCUUUGAUGGAUUCUUGGUUUGCAAGCUUUGUUUUUGCAACAAGUGGUUUACAUUGAGAUGUACCAGAAAACUAUUGAGGCUAUUCAACAUGAAAGAUAAGCACGUAUGCAGUAUCUAUACUCCUUAUUACAUCGUUAUUGGUAGUUAUCUAGGUUUUGAAUUGGGAAUGUCUCAUAUAUUUUCACAUAUUAUAGGAACUAUUAAACAAUCCAAGGCAUUAAUACUUGCAUGUUCUUACUUCUUAGUUCUUAGAGCACAUUAAUGCGUGCUAUAGGCACUAAUUUACAAACUCGUUUACUUUAGGGAAAGUGUAUGCAGUUUUCGGUUACAUAAGCUUCGAUUAACACGGUGUGCUGAGUACACUUUGAAA